UAUGGAGAAGCAUCUUUCCUUCAUCCUGGAGGCACCAUGGUGCAAGCCAAGGACCUGGUACAGGUGUUUGGAUCAUGGCUGCUACAGUUGAAGUCAUUUCAAGGAAGAGAACAAUGCUGCUGCUUAGAACAAUGGGGGCAGAUGAAAGGGGCAGAGGGCUCAAUUGAGUGCUAGGACCUGCCAGGGGUUGAAUGUUUGGUCCACAUAUCUCAGCAGUUUCUUCUCCAAGCAUUUAGGUUAUAAUUUUGCCUGACACCCUUUUCCUCAGAGAUGCUGGGCACUAGGUCUUUUGAGAGCUAGGAAGAAAAUGGAUGUUUUUAAAUAUCGUAUGCUUGAGAUGUAACUAUCCUUUAUUUUAUUCACCAAAUAUUCUCAAGGCUGUUUGAUUACAGAACUCUUAUAUCCUGCCAGAGGCUGUUGCUGUAGGAAUUUAAGGCAGGAUUGUUCAUGUAAUUGCUUGUAAUUGUAAUUGAUAAUUCUUUUUUCAGGCAAAGAAUUCAACUGCACACAACCAGCUGGUAACCCUGACAAAAUAAUUGCUAUAUCAAGAUAAGUCUCCUUGAAGGGGAGUUGUUCAUUUCUAAAAGAAAAGAAUAUAAGUAACUUACGGUUGGUUCAGCUGUAGAAUUCAUGGUGCUCUCUGAGCUUGAUUGUUUAUUUGCAGGCAUUUUACUACCCAACUAGGUAACAACAUCAGUUUCAGUGAGUGUGAGGUAUGUUUAUACACAAUAGCUUGCUAUUCCAGUUUUGGUGGAGAUGUGGUUUUCUUCUUGGUGAUUCCUUGAUUAGGGAAUUGUUUUCUGUGUGAUUGUUUAUCUGAUGUUCGUCCCCAUUUAUCUGAACAUUGGCUGCUGGAAAGGAUGCAUUUUGCUCUUUUUAUUUCCUUCUUAGUUUUUCUUUAUUGUCCCUUUUGAAUGGUGUAUCACUGGCAGGGCAAGCUACUGUAUAUAAAUAGGGACCAAACCCCACAUUCAUUCAUUCAUACUGCUGAUGUUAUCUAGUUGGGUAAUGAAAUGCCUGCAAGCAAACAACCAAGCUCAAAGAACACCAAGGGCUCCACAGCUCUCCAUCUCUUCCUGAGUGGCUUCUCCUGCAUGUGUUUACGUAUGUGUGGGGACUUUCUCAGGCUGAAGUUCUGAAACCCAGGGUAAUAGUAGCUCUUGUUUCCUGUGGGAUGUGUAGCUUUCUUCAUGUUGACCUACUUGGGCUUUGAUGCCUAGAGAAGAGGGGUGAAAUGCUACCGGUUCGCUCUGGUUCAGGCAAACCGGUAGUGAUAAAAACUACCUGUUCGGGCAAACCAGUAGUUAAAAAAAGCUACCGGUUCCUCUGAACCAGUAUUUCUGACAUCAGCUGUGCUGUGCGAUUUAGCCUGCUUUCUAGCGAAGGUAAACUGCACGGCGCAGCUGUUCCCCCACCCACUGUUCUACUUACGUAGUGAAGUCUUCUUUUUCCGCGCGAAGCGUGCUUUGGUGUACGGGCAGUAAACUGGUGGCGAUCCGAGGAAGAUUUCACCACUGCUACAGAAGUUGCAGUAACCAACAGUCUGGGCCCCAGUGGUCUUGCUUUCUUGGAGCCCCGAGCAAAAGGCUUGGUUUUCAUGGCUUGUUUGAUGAGAGGCACUUGAACUUCAAGGAGCUCCUUGACACAUGCUCAAAACUUCCCUAAGUUGGAACAAGCUUGAGUCACUCAUUAUGAAUAUCUAAGAGAGAAAUUCUGUUAGUAGUAGGAGUGUGUGGGGUGUGUGUAUGUAUGUUUGUGUGUGUGUGUAAGAAAGAGAACGAGAGAAUGAAUGAGAAUGUACAGAGGAAGCUGAUAUGAAUUGCUAAGUAUUGAAAUGAUGCAGCGCCAUAGCCAUGAAAGCCGGCUGGGUGAUUUUGCGCCAGUCUCUCUAUCUCAACCCAACUCACCUCACAGAGUUGUUGUUGUUGUUUGCCACCUUGAGUUAUUUAUUAAAAUUAUAAAGGUGGGAUAUACAUUAAAAUAUAUAAAAAUGGUGCCAUGGGGUAAUCACUGUUGUUUGAAUGUCUGAAGCCAACCCACAGAAUCUGAGCAAGGAUGGGCUACGUCUGGCAAGCCACCCUGUUGAAAGAAUGCUGUUUUUAUAAAUUUCAGGAUGAAGUGUUAUGGUUUCAUAAACCUAUCAAAGCAAGAUUUUUCCAGUUGCAUUUUAGUGGCUGCAGUCAAAGGGCCGAAUUCUGAAGGGCUGAUUUGAGGAGCUGAGGAGGCCAUGAGAGGAGAGCAGAUGUCACAGCUGUCGGGUCUCCUGUCCCUUGGAAUGACCAAUGCGGAGCCUUGCCCAGGGCCCUCCAGCCUGCCUCGGUUGGGCCUUCCUUCUGUCCCUGGAGAGGGUCUUUUCCGCCCUCGGCAUUUGCCUACAGGGCAGCCUCGUUAAGGGUUGAUCUGCUUAGCUGGCCAGCUGAAGCUGACUCUUGCCUCCCUGGGGGCCAUAGCCCCUCCUCAUUAAGCUGGUUGGGGCUAUUGAUUGGGCAUUUGUGUUUGGAAGAGUCUUACUUACUCCAUGCAUUAUCUUGACAGAUUGAUCAGACCUGAUUGAGAACCUCUUAAAGGAACGAACAGCUAUAAUGGGAAAGUUGGACUCUGUCAUCCGUUAGGGUGAUUCUGGAGCGAGAGGAACAAGGCUGACAUCUUGGAGCAAUUGUAUUUACAAUUAACAUGGCUGAAAACGAUUGCCUCUAUUGAUCCCCCCUUCCUGCAAUUACAGCCCCAUUGUUUACAUUCCAGCACUUCAGUUAUAAAAAGGAAAUUCAAUAAUUAUUGCAUUAUUUAAAGUUAAAGUGCCACAGAGUUUGCUGGCUGUGCUUGCUGCUUGAUUUAACAUUCAGUAAAAUCUAUGCUGAGCUUUCCAUCUUGAGGCUGAGCAAUGUAGGCUUUUAAUGAGGCUUGGAAGGCGGAGCAAAAUUCCACCAGCCAGUUAUCCAUGGGGAAUAGGAGCGGAAUUCGAAUCCGGCUCUGAUGACUGCAAGACUUGGAGCAAACCACAGGGAAAAAAGUGAUAGGCACUGAUCUGGGAGGGGCCUGUUAUUUGGGGGCAGGAGCUUGCCUGUGAGUACCUUGGCAUGCUGCCACCCUCCUGUCCUGGGAGCGACGGAGCAGAAGGAGCUCUGCCUUGCUACUGCAUCAGUUGGGUGUGGAAGAAAUCUAAACUUUUGUGAAUCCAUCAAUCGCCACCUGUAGCAAAUGUGCCAUCCUGCCUGGCCGGCUUCUGUCCUCUGCCUCUUCUUUUAAGGUGCUGCUUACUGGAGAAUCAAGGCGGCAGAGGCUGCUCUGCCUCUGGGCUCCAGGUAAAGCUGCCUGCUUACAGGUUCUCUACUGUCUCCUGAGCCACCUAGACUGGCACAAGACCCUUCGAUGGUGAGAAGAGCAAAGGUACCAAAGAUACCAGUCUGACCUACGGCAGAAAAUCCUUCUUCUGGGCAGUAAGAGUGCGGCCUCUUUCAUGAUAACCGCUACCCCUUUCCUCUGACCCUACCUGAGGGGACUUGGGAGCAACUAGUGUUUCCUUCUUUGCCCUUCCGGACACUGUGGGCGGUCAUUGAGUGAUUGCAGGUGAUUCAGGUGCUGUGCAGAGAGGUUGCCCUGCCCCGGGCCAAAGCGUCUCUCCAAUAAGUGGAGGGAGGGGUUUUGCAGAAACAUCCUGCAGAUCAGAUGGGACUUUGAUCCAGCUCAAAAAGUGAAGGGAUCCAGAUUUGACAUUCUGUGUGUGAAACCCCUCCCCCCUUAGAAACUUCUGACCAGAAGCUUCUUCAAUAAGGCCCUCCAGAUUGAAGGAAAUGAUCAGCCUGUCCUGUCAGAGUUUGCUUGGAGUUUUCUAAUGACCUGCAGCAGGCGUAAAAUAGAUUCUUUUUUUUUGGGGGGGGGGGAGGUUUCUUUUGGAGCAAUAAAUCCAUUUUAGUGGUUUCCAGAUACAGUUCAGUUCCAAAGAGCAGGGAUGCUGUCUUCUAGUGGAGAAUUGUUGAUUUCCUUGUUUACUUGUUCAUUUCUCCAAACAGGUAGCCUACAUAAUUUUGGGCAUGGUGUGUGUACAUAGAUCACCCAAAACUAAUAUUUCAUGACAGAGAGGGAGGCCAGUGGUUGACUGGAGGACAGGCCGAGGUGCCCAGCUGGUGACGCCAAGCAGCCCCCCAGCAGAGCUUCUGUAGAGCCACACUUUGUGCCAUCAGUGGCCGGGCACUGUGCCAAAAGGGGGGCAGCAAAGAAGCAGGACUUUCUCCCGCCUUCUCCUCCUCCGUCGCUGCCCUGUUUCCUUCCCUUGCUUUUGUGUCUCAAGAGUCUGAUCCAGAAACAAAAGGGCUGCUUUCAAAGUGGGUGGACUGGAAACUAACCAGGUUCUUCCCUAGGAACCGAUUGCUUUAUUAGAUGAAUGAAGUAAUUCUGGUCCACAGACUCCCUUUUCUCAUUCCCGGUAGCUAUUAGACAGCAGCCUCCAAUGACUCGUAUGCCUAGCACCUUCAGAACCACGAAAGCGGACUGGAGGGGGAAGGCUGUUUUUACCACUGUCUCCUUUGCAACUACUCCACCAAGGCCAAACUCAAUCUUAUUCAGCAUGUACGUUCCAUGAAGCACCAGCGAACCGAAAGUUUGCGCAAGUUGAAGCGCUUACAGAAGAGCCUUUCUGAGGAAGAGGAGGACCUGGGCCAAAUCUUCACCAUCCAGCACUGCCCAGCUACUGACACUGAGGAGCUCAUUGGAGAUGUGGAUGGACCAGGCGAGGUGGCAAUGCAUCCUGAUGAGGCAGCCAAAGAAAUGGAGAGCAUGGCUGAUCAGGACCAGGCCAAGUGGGCAGCUCAAGGUCCCCAGGCUGAGAAGGAGCCAGCAGAAACUCCAGUCCCUUCCAAGCACGCUUUGUUUUCAAGACACUCAGCGUCACCUGUCCCCAAAUGGCCCACGCCAUCAGACGAGGCGAAGCUAGAGCAGGUGUACCAGUGCCCCUACUGCAAGUACAGCAAUCCGGAUGUCAACCGGCUGCGGGUACAUGCCGUGACCCAGCACUCCAUCCAGCCAAUGCUCAGGUGCCCCCUCUGUCAGGACCUGCUCAGCAACAAGCUCCACCUUCAGCUGCACCUGACCCACCUGCACAGCGUGUCUCCCGACUGUGUGGAAAAACUCCUCUUGACGGUGACCACGCCAGAGGCGAUGAUGCCCAGCAACCUGUUCCUCCCAGCAGCAGCACUGGAUCGAGAUGGGAAUGAGGAAUCCCUCAAGCAACCUGAGAGCUCAGAGGAAGGGGGCAAAAGCCUGCGGUUGCUACCAGAGGCCAUGGGGCAUGGCAGCAGCGGAGUGAAGCCUGCAGCAUCCGAGCAGCCCAGUGCCAAAGAGGAGGUUGGCUUCUUUUGCUGGAAGAAAGGCUGCGGCCAGGGCUUCAAAAGCUCCUGUGCCCUCCAGACCCAUUUCAGCGAGACGCACAGCAAGCGACCACAGCUUCCUGUAUCUGAUCGUCACGUCUACAAGUACCGCUGCAACCAGUGCAGCCUGGCCUUCAAAACCAUCGAAAAGCUUCAGCUGCACUCCCAGUACCACGUCAUCCGGGCAGCCACUAUGUGCUGCCUUUGCCAACGGAGCUUCCGCACUUUUCAGGCCCUUAAGAAGCACCUGGAGACCAGCCACCUGGAUCUGAGCGAAGCUGACAUCCAGCAGCUGUACAGCGGAUUGCUGGUCAAUGGAGAACUGUUUGCCAUGGGUGACCCUUCAUUGGCUGAGGACCACACCAUGGUGAUGGAGGAGGAGAAAGAGGAGGAGAACAGCGACCAGGAAGACAAGCAGAGUCCUGCAGGAAGUGACUGUGGAUCCUUACAGGAAGACUCCGGCUCAGAACCUAAACGGGCUCUUCCCUUCCGGAAGGGCCCAAAUUUCACCCUGGAAAAAUUCCUGGACCCAGCCCGCCCGUAUAAGUGCACAGUUUGCAAAGAAUCCUUCACACAGAAGAACAUCCUUCUGGUCCACUACAAUUCAGUUUCUCACCUGCACAAGCUGAAAAGAGCCCUCCAGGAGUCUUCCAUCAGCCAGUCCGAGGUCACCAGUAGCCCUGACCACAAGCCCUUCAAGUGCAGCAUCUGCAGUGUGGCCUACAGCCAGAGCUCCACCCUGGAGAUCCACAUGCGCUCUGUGCUGCAUCAGACCAAGGCGCGAGCAGCUAAGCUGGAAGCAGUCAGUGGCAGUGGCCACAGCAGUGCUUCCCUGGGCUCCUCCAUGCCCAGCCCCUUGGGUGUUGGUACCACGAGCGUCACUUCCUCCUCCUCCUCCUCCUCCACCCAGAGCAACAUAAGCACAGGUAGCACUGGCUCUGCUCCUCCCCUUCUCAGCCCAGCUUCUUGUGACACCACAGGGCAGCCUCCUCUGAACCUCCCCAUCAGUACCGGCCACCCACCUGCAGUCCCCUUGAGCCCUUCAGAAUCUAAAGAGGCUAAUCGUAAGAAGCCAGGAGAUGCACUUGCAUGCCGCCAGCCGCUGCCCCCACCGCCACACUCUUUGAUGCAGGCCCAGCUGCAGCAAGAGCUGCAGCAGCAAGCGUCGCUUCUGCAGACCCAGCUUUUCAGCCCUGCACUCUUACCCCACUUCCCCAUGGCCCCAGAGGCCCUCCUGCAGCAGCAGCAGCUACUCUUCCCCUUCUAUCUCCCCAGCACUGAGUUGCAGCUGAACGCUGAGGUGAGCUUGCCAGUGACCAAUGGCACCCUGACACUGGCAGGGAGUGGGCUGGGCCUUAUGGAGGAUCUGAAACCCCAGCUUCCACAGCCAAGCCACCUGCAGCAGCAGCUUCCACUGUCCCAGCCUCCGUGCAUGCUCCUCCCACCAAGCCUGCCCCCAGACAAGAAGACCAAGCCUGUGGGGAAGGAAAAGGAGGUCCAGCAGGAGCAGGAGAUGGCAGAGAAGAGCAGCAGAAGUCCCAUUUGCCAAGAGCCCCUGCCCGAGGCCAGCAAGACCCAAAAGAAGGCUGACGUAGCGGGGGCCACAGAGGCAGCUGGAAGCAGCCCUGGGGAGGCGGUCUUGCUCCCUCCUCGCAUUGCUGCGGAUGCUCGUGGGAACGCCACCAAAGCUUUGCUGGAGAACUUCGGGUUUGAGCUGGUCAUUCAGUACAAUGAGAACAAGCAGAAGACAGCCGGGAGGGCCGAACAGGCCGACAGACUGGAGAGACUUGAAUGCGAAUCGUGCAGCAAGUUCUUCUCCAAUGUGCUCAUCCUGAAGACCCACCAGGAACAUGUCCACCAGCACUACCUCCCCUUCCAGCAGCUGGAAAGGUUUGCCCAGCAGUACCGAGAGCACUAUGACCAGCUCUACCCACUGCGGCCACUGACGCCUGAGCCGGCCCCACCGCUCCUUCCUGCCCCUGCUCCUGCCGUGCCUGCUGCCCCACCCCAGUCACCUUCCACGCCCACCCUGCAGGUCGCAGCCCCACCCAUGACCUCUCCCUCCAUCGCACCCACCCAGCCUUCCUUGCCCCUCACGCAGCUCCCUAUGCCCAUGGAGCUGCCUCUCUUCUCACCACUCAUGAUGCCAACCAUGCCUUUGCAAGCUCUGCCAGCCCAGUUACCACCCCAGCUUGCCCCUGUCGACUCUUUACCAGCAGAGUUGGCUCAGCUGUACCAGCAUCAACUCAACCCAGGCCUUUUGCAGCAGCAGCAGCAGAACAAAAGACCUCGGACACGAAUCACUGAUGACCAGCUCCGGGUUUUAAGGCAGUAUUUUGACAUCAACAAUUCCCCAAGUGAGGAGCAGAUCAAGGAGAUGGCAGAGAAAUCUGGUUUGCCACAGAAGGUGAUCAAACACUGGUUUCGAAAUACGCUGUUCAAAGAGCGCCAGCGCAACAAGGACUCACCCUACAACUUCAGUAACCCUCCAAUCACCAGCCUGGAGGACCUGAAAAUGGACUCCCGUCCAUCUUCUCCAGAGCCUCAGAAACAUGAGUACUGGGGAAGCAAGAGAUCCUCCCGAACUCGCUUCACGGACUACCAGCUUCGGGUGCUUCAGGACUUCUUUGAUGCCAACGCUUACCCAAAGGAUGACGAGUUUGAGCAGCUUUCCAACCUGCUGAGCCUCCCAACUCGGGUGAUCGUGGUGUGGUUCCAGAACGCUCGCCAGAAAGCUAGAAAGAAUUAUGAGAAUCAGGGAGAAGGCAAAGAAGGGGAGCGACGGGAGCUGACAAACGACCGAUACAUCCGAACGAGCAACCUGAACUACCAGUGCAAGAAGUGCAGUUUAGUCUUCCAGCGCAUCUUUGACCUGAUCAAACAUCAGAAAAAGCUCUGCUACAAAGAUGAAGACGAUGAAGGGCAGGAGGACAGUCAGAAUGAAGACUCCAUGGAUGCUACGGAGCUUCUGACCCCCAGCAGUUCCUCCUGCAGCACCCCGAUGCCUUCCCAGGCUUAUGGCAUGCCCGCCUCUUCUGCCAGUGUGGCCUUUCUGUCACAGAGUACCACUGAGGCAGAUAGUGAUUGCCCUGCUGCCUGUCAGUCUAAAACCAACGCUACUGAUGAGAAACCAAAGCACCCUGAGCCUUCAAGUAUGCAACAAAGCCCAACUUCAGAGAAGCAACGGCAACCAAAGCAAGAUGGGCAGCUGCCACCGCAGGACCAAGGAGAGCCGAAGGCGAGCUCAGUGCACCCAAAGGUCUCCCCAACCCUCCAGCAGCAGCUGGCCCACCCUCUCCAGGGUGUCCUGCCCCAGGCAAGUCCUCCUCCCACCCAGCUGUCUCACCUGCCUCUCAAACCCCUGACCACACCGAAUGCCCAGCAGCUGGUCAGCUUGCCCCCUCAUCUUGUUCCAUAUCAGUGUGAGCAGUGUAAGCUGGCCUUCCCUUCAUUUGAGCACUGGCAAGAACACCAGCAGCUGCAUUUCCUGAGCACUCAGGGCCAAUUUCUCCACCCUCAGUUCCUAGACAGGGCGCUUGAUCUGCCCUUUAUGCUCUUUGACCCCAGUAACCCACUGCUGGCUAGCCAACUGCUCUCUGGGACCCUCUCCCAACUCCCCAUGAACUCAGCCACCUCGCCCUCUACCCCAACUGCCACCAUGAGCACCCUGAAAAGGAAGCUGGAGGAGAAAACAAGCGUCAGCCCUGUUGGGAAUGACAGCAGUGCUGGUGGAGAGGAGCCCCAGCGGGAUAAGCGCCUCCGGACCACCAUCACCCCUGAGCAGCUGGAAGUGUUGUACCAAAAAUACCUCCUGGACUCCAAUCCUACACGGAAGAUGCUCGACCACAUUGCCCAUGAAGUGGGCUUGAAGAAGCGUGUAGUGCAGGUGUGGUUCCAGAACACCCGGGCCCGGGAGAGGAAAGGGCAGUUCCGAGCAGUGGGGCCUGCUCAAGCCCAUCGCCGAUGCCCUUUCUGCCGGGCCCUCUUCAAAGCCAAGACUGCCCUGGAAGCACAUAUCCGAUCUCGGCACUGGCAUGAAGCCAAGCGGGCAGGAUACAACCUGACCUUAUCAGCCAUGCUUCUGGAUUGUGAAGGAGGAGGGGGGCUUGUGGGGAAAGGAGACCUCUUUGACGGGGCCAACUUUGCACAGUUGUCUGCCCCUGGCAGUAGCAGUGACAGCCAAGGAAUCCCCCUCUCCCCAGGCAGCAAAUCUCUAGAGAUGUCUCCUCAGACCCUGCUGAGCCCGUCCUCUAUCAAAGUGGAAGGCAUGGAAGACUUUGAGAGCCCCUCAAUGUCCUCUGUCCACCUGAGCUUUGACCAAGCCAAACUGGACAAUGAUGACUGCUCUUCUGUCAACACAGCCAUCACAGACACAACUACAGGUGAUGAGGCCAAUGCAGACAAUGACAGUACUACAGGGAUUUCCACAGAAGCCAGAGGGAGCUUGGGGCCAGGUGAGGGUCUGACCAAGGCUGCCAUGUUAGCCAUGUCAGAGUAUGAAGACAGACUCUCCUCGGGCCUGGUGAGCCCAGCUCCCAGCUUCCACAGCAAGGAGUACGACAAUGAAGGCACCGUGGAUUACAGUGAAACAUCAAGCCUGGCAGACCCUUGCUCUCCUAGUCCAGGCACUAGUGGCUCAGCAGGCAAAUCCGGAGAUGGGGGGGAUCGGCCAGGGCAGAAGCGUUUCCGGACACAGAUGACCAACCUCCAGCUGAAAGUCUUGAAGGCCUGCUUUAACGAUUACAGGACACCAACCAUGCUCGAGUGUGAGGUUCUGGGCAAUGAUAUUGGGCUCCCCAAGAGAGUUAUUCAGGUCUGGUUCCAGAAUGCCCGAGCCAAAGAAAAAAAAUCCAAGCUCAACAUGGCCAAGCAUUUUGGCAUUAAUCAAACUGGCUACGAGGGGCCAAAAACAGAGUGCACUUUGUGUGGCAUCAAGUACAGUGCCCGCCUGUCUGUUCGUGACCAUAUCUUCUCUCAGCAGCACAUCUCCAAAGUGAAAGAGACUGUUGGGAGUCAGCUGGACAAAGAGAAGGAGUAUUUUGACCCAGCCACCGUCCGCCAGCUGAUGGCACAGCAAGAGCUGGAUCGAAUCAAGAAGGCCAAUGAAGCGCUUGGCCUGGCUACUCAGCAGCAAGGCAUGUUUGACAGUUCCCCACUGCAGGCUUUGAACAUUCCUACCAACUACCCAGGAGCCCUUCAAAGCAUCCCUUCUGUCCUGUUGCCAGGUUUGAACAGCCCAUCCCUGCCUGGCUUCACUCCUUCCAAUACAGCUUUAACGUCUCCCAAACCUGCUCUGAUGGGUCUGCCAGGCACAAGUGUUCCCUCGCCUGGCCUUCCCACCUCAGGAUCCCCAAAUAAGACGGCCUCCCUCAGCUCCCCCCCGCCAGCACAAACAUCCGUGGGCUCCGCACCCCCCCUCCCACUGCGGAAAGACAAGGAGAGCGAGAAGGCGAAAGAGAAGGAGCGUGUCCCCAAGGCCAGGGGGGAGGCCCUACCAGGGUCCAAAAGGGACAAAGGGGAGGUGCCCAACCCCAGCCUGGCCUUCCCCACCACGGAGCCUGCCCUGGAGUACUCGGUGGAGCCUACCCAGCUGCAGGCCCUGCAGGCUGCUCUCAACACGGACCCCAUGGCCUUGCUGACCAGUCCCUUCCUCCCGUAUUUUGUGCCCGGCUUCUCUCCGUACUAUGCCCCUCAGCUCCCGGGGGCCUUGCAGAGCGGAUACCUCCAGCCUAUGUACAGCAUGGAAGGGGUCUUCCCCUAUAGCCCAGCCCUGUCGCAGACCCUGCUUGGCUUGUCCCCCAGCACCCUGCUGCAGCACUACCAGCAAUAUCAACAGAGCCUCCAGGAGGCGCUACGGCAAACGCAGCUGUUCCUGCCCAAAGGCAGCCAGCCCCCCGUCCCCGUGGAGGGCUCCUCCCCUGAAAAAGGCCCUGCCAAAGAACCCCCCAAGCCAGAAGAGCAAAAGAACAGCUCCCGCGAGGGGUCCCCCCGAGGAGAGCCCACCACUGGAAGCAGUAAAGCCCCGGACUCCCUCUGUGACCCCUUCAUUGUCCCCCCGGUGCAAUACAGACUGGUGUGCCGGAAAUGCCAGGCUGGAUUCGGGAGCCAAGAGGCGGCCAACGUCCACCUGAAAUCCCUCUGCUGCUUCGGCCAGUCGGCGGGGACUCUGCCCGAGAUGGCGCUUCAGGUGCUUGCUGGCGGGGGCGGCUCCUACCAGUGUGUGGCAUGCGAGAACACUAUGUGUGGGGAAGAGGCCCUCCGGGAGCAUCUCGAAUCUGCCCCCCACAGACAUCGGACAGUCCCCCGAGCAGCAGCCAGAAACGCCAAAGAGCACCCCAGUCAAUUACCUCACUCUGCCUGCCUCCCUGACCCGAGCACCGCAUCUACCUCGCAGCCCACCGCUCACCCCAAGGACGGCCCACCGCCCACCGCUCACCCCCAUGCCUCCAAAAAGCCCUGGCCUCCGGCAGCCUCCCCUCCAGGGAAGCCCCCGCCUCUCUCCUCAUCUUCAACGGUUACCUCAAGCUCAUGCAGCACCUCAGGGGUUCAGCCCUCUCUGAUGCCAAGGAAAUUCUCUUCGGAGGAGUCUGACUCAGGCCACGGCCUGGAGGCCGGGGGGCCGGUAGAGUCCAGCCUUCCCCGGGACGGCGGCCUCCCCAACGUGGACCUUUUUCGAUUGUAAGCUUUGAAGACAGACUCUUGCAAAAUGAAUCUAGAAAUAACAAACCGGUUUCAGAAAUAGACUAACUGCAAUUCCGAAGCUUCUAACCAAAAAAGAAAAACAAACCGAGAGAGAGACGCCUGGGUGGUUUUCCCAGAGGCCACUGCUGGCAGCUCGGCUUGCCUCUGGGCGGCCAAAGGGUUUGCUGUGGCUCUCUCAAAGGUGGCUGUCCCCCCAGCAAUCAGCCCCCCCCACCUGCACAACCCCCUUGAGAGCGCAGUGGAGGCCAGCAUAACUGUGUGGGAAAGCAGACCACCCGGGACCAUUUUAAAUUUCUUGCUAUCUUAGCAUUCAGAUACCAAUGGCUUGCUUGCUAAAAGGAAAAAAGAAAUGUAACGUCUUUUUAUUCUCAGGUCAAUUGCUCACACUUUGUUCGGUUUUCAGAAUCAUUGUUUUAUAUAAAUAUAUAUAUAAUUUCUUU